GGCGCAGCGGCACAAAAUGAGGCCCUCGAGCCUCCCGGGCGCUCGGUCACCGCGCCUAAGUGGGCGCGGGCAGAGUCGCCGCCACCUACUGCCAGGCCGCCUAUGAACAGGAAGCCGUGCGCCGGCCGCGGAGGCCCGCCCCCAUGUAGCGAUGAGCCCGCCGGCUCCAGGGACGGGAGCGAGGGGCGGGGGAACGCAGGGAGGGCGGGGAAGCAGGGCGGCGCCGCCGAGAAGCUGCGCCUCCGCAACGGAUCAGAGGCCGCUUUGCCAGGCAGCCGCGGCAUCCAUGUUGACGGCCCAAAGCGGAAGUCGUUAAGCGGAACGGAAGGGGAACCCGUAG